CCUGCUAUCUAAAUCAGUCAAUUCGUCCCCGUCCUUGGCCCUCAGUUGGUUAUUCUCACGCUUUUGUCAUUGCGCCUUUCCUCUUGAUGAGACUUCUUGCAGCCUCUAGUGUCUCUCUCUGCUUAUUCUCCUUAUUCACGUUGUAGACUGUUCCCUCUCUCGAUCCCUAUGGCCGCCUUUGCACACGCAGCCAGCGCUGCUGCAGUGCAAUGGGACCACUCUCCUGCGCACUCGUUCGGUACUGCCAAAUCCUUCGCGGACCAGGCUCCUGCGUUUCUCCGACUGCCGACAUUCAUUUCGGUCCGGCAUGAGCUGCCCGGCGAUGCUCUGCACUCUCGUGCCCGUAAAUCCAAAUUUGCCGCAGCUGCACGCAACGCACUUGCCAUGGAGGAGUCUUCUAAGGCGCGGGAUAGCAAGACUAGCGUGCGAACCGACGUUCGGAAUAUUGCUAUUGUCGCCCACGUCGAUCAUGGAAAGACCACAUUGGUGGAUGCCAUGCUUCGACAAGCUAAGGUUUUCCGUGACAAUCAAUCCGUCCAAGAGCGCAUUAUGGAUUCCAACGACUUGGAGCGCGAGAGAGGAAUCACCAUCUUAAGCAAAAACACUGCUAUUCGUUAUAAAGGGACAAAAAUUAACAUCAUAGAUACACCAGGACAUUCAGACUUUGGAGGGGAGGUGGAGCGUGUGCUCAACAUGGUUGAUGGCGUGCUCUUGCUGGUCGACUCAGUAGAAGGUCCAAUGCCUCAGACCAGAUUUGUGCUGAAGAAGGCCUUAGAGCUUGGGCAAACCGUAGUUGUGGUUGUGAAUAAGGUGGACAGGCCUUCAGCGCGACCUGACUAUGUUGUCAACACCACCUUCGAGCUUUUUGUGGAAUUGGAUGCCUCCGAUGAGCAGUGUGACUUCCAGGUCGUGUAUGCCAGCGGUAUUCAUGGGAAGGCAGGCUUAGAACCAGAUCAAUUGGCUGACGACUUGGAACCGCUGUUUGAAGCAGUGAUCAGGUGUAUUCCAGAGCCCAGGGUUGACAUCGAAGGUCCUCUUCAGAUGCUCAUAACGAAUUUAGAUUACGACGAGCACAAGGGUCGUAUUGCUAUUGGACGCGUUCAUGCUGGGCGCGUGAUGAAAGGAAUGGAAGUGAAGGUCUGCACCCCAGAUGAUCGUUGCAGGAACGCCAAAAUCAAUGAGCUCUUUGAAUAUGACAAUUUUGCUCGGGUCCCUGCUGAUGUGGUUGAGGCUGGAGAUAUAUGUUGUCUCUCGGGAAUUGACGAUGUCUUGAUUGGAGAAACAUUAGCUGACAAAAUAGAUGGCGUACCACUGCCGACCAUCACUGUGGAGGAGCCUACUGUGAGAAUGUCCUUUUCUGUCAACACGUCGCCUUUUGCUGGACGAGAGGGUAAGUAUGUGACAAGUAGGAAUUUGAGGGAUCGGCUGUACCGAGAGUUAGAGAGGAACUUGGCCAUGAAGGUAGAAGAUGGACAAACUGCCGACACUUUUAUCGUCAGUGGUCGUGGCACGCUGCAUCUCACAAUCCUUAUUGAGAACAUGAGGAGAGAGGGUUAUGAGUUCUUAAUUGGACCACCGAAAGUUAUCAACCGGGAGGUCAAAGGAAAAAAGCUUGAGCCCUACGAGGAUGCUAUUGUUGAGGUUCCUGAAGAGUACGUGGGGGCGGUGGUCGACCUACUGGGCAAGCGUCGGGGUCAAAUGUUGGAUAUGUCAACUUCCGGGUCGGAGAACACCACAGUGGUGAAAUACAGGAUGCCGACCCGAGGAUUGCUUGGACUACGGAACGCUAUGCUUACUGCCUCCAGGGGCACUGCCUUGCUAAACACCAUCUUUUAUGGGUAUGACGAAUGGGCAGGAGAGAUAAGCACCCGUGAGCAAGGAUCUUUGGUGGCUUUUGAGACGGGAACUACGACUUCCUACGCUCUUUUCAGUUGUCAAGACCGAGGAAGCCUCUUUCUGGGUCCAGGAGUGGAUAUUUACAAGGGCCAAAUAAUUGGUAUCCACCAAAGACCUGGGGACUUGUCACUGAAUGCCUGCAAACGAAAGGCUGCAACCAAUGUACGCUCAAAUAAAGAAGCUACAGUGGUACUAGCGUCCCCUGUAGAGCUUAGCCUGGAUGACUGUGUGGAGUAUAUUCAAGAGGACGAGCUUGUUGAGGUUACUCCACUCAGUAUACGAAUGUGCAAAAACCCCAAGAUUCCGCAGAAGAAGCGUUCCUAAGUUUUUGGUAUGGUCACGUGUGUGGAUACUUUUUGGAAAGCGACGUAGCAGCAAAGGAAAAGUAUAUUCGAACAAGUUGCAAAAGGUAGUCUAGUUGCUCACGGCAUUGGUGUGGUAGGAAGAAAGUAUGGAAAAAUGAGUAGGGCAAUAGUAAGUCGAAGCGAUUUAUUUCCCUGAACUUUGGUAGAGGGAUGAUAUAAAUAUACAAUUGCAGAGGGAGUUGUGCGCACAUUCUGGUGUGUUUUAGAGACUGAGAUGCUUGAAACAUUGAAUCCUAGUUUAGCAUAGUGUUGUCUCGUGACAUGGAGUCGGAGUCAAUGAGCAGCGGUGGUGUCUGCUGGUACAUUUCCGCCUAUGUCAAUCACACAACACCCUGACUCCGUUGAGCUCGAUGUUUAUCCACGAAAAGAUGGAGAAAAUUCCCACGGAAACUUCGCCAAUUUUUUAUGAAGUAAGCCAAAUGGCCAAAGCGGGA